AUGGAAAGUUGGAAACGUUUGCGAUAUUUCAGUCUUUUGACGGCAAUUGUAGAAGGAGGGCUUUUUUCCGGCGUUAUUCUCGGCUUCGGAAGCCUUGCUUAUGUCUUGAAGAAGGAGGGAUAUUACAGAAGUGAAUGCGACCCGUUGGAGGUCAUUUGCGACUCUCAAGAUUCAAGCCUCGCCGCUUUAUAUGCUUACGGAGCGUUUAUGACAAAUGUUUCUUGCCUCCUUUCCGGCUACUUGAUGGAUGCAGUUUCACGUGGAAUCUGCCUCGAUUUUAUUUACACAAGUAUUUAUCUGAGAAAAGCGACCCCUGAGCAAGCAGGCUUUCUUUUCUACGGCAUCUGCCUUUUAUGCACUGGCGGAGCUGGUGUUCUAGUAACGAACAUGCCGAUUGGCAAUCUCUUUCCAAAGGUCAGGGCAGUCGUCAUCACCGUCAUCAAUGGACUCUUUGGCUCCUCGUCGAUCGUCUUCGUUGUUUUCAAACAUGCAUACGAGAGUGGGAUGAGUUGGAAGGCAAUCUUCCUUUGGUAUACGUUGGCAACGUUGUUUUGUUUGUUCAGAACAUUUUUCUUGAUGCCAAAAAACAUCAUUCCAUUUAAUAUUCCCGAGGACUUCCGAAUAGGCAUCUCAAGCUGUGCAAACACGCCGACAGAAAGAGAAAAGCUCUCAGAUGAAAAGACGGAGCUGAUGAAAAUGGAAGAACCAAAAUCCGAUCUGAAAGAAUUCCUCAAUCAAGCGAAAAAGAGUCUCUUCUGGAUCAACUUAUUGGCUUUUGGCUUCCAAAUGUUCCGGUUUAAUUUCUUCGUUGCGACUUUCAACGGCUUCAUUGGAGGUCUUGCUGCGGAAGAAUACAGCAAUGUAACGGAACAAGACGCUGCCCUCGUGCCAAGUUUACAAAUGCAGCUUACAACAAUGAUCGCGAUUUCUUUUUACAGGGCUUUCCUCCUUGGUGCUACUGCUGCUUAUAUGAACCUCGCCUUUCCAGCUGAGCAUUUCGGUCGAUUGUACGGACUUACCAGGCUUUCUGCUGCUUUGUGUGUUCUGUUUGUUCCGAUUUUUUACGAUUACGUUUUGUCGAAGGGCGAUUUUGAUAUUUCCUGCUACUUUUUCAUUAUUGGCAUGAUGAUAUCGUAUCUGAACUCCGGAAACAUCAUCAGAGUUGUUCUGAAGCAGUACGAAAGGGAUGAAGCCCUCGCCAGACAACUUCAAAAUGGAGCCGAAUCCGAUUCUGAAGCUCCAGGUCCCAGUUCGUCAAGGACCGUUAUUGGACGAAGCAUUCGAAUUACCACGGAUUUGCCAGCGAUAGAUGAGGACGUCAUUGAUUUGACAGUAAGCGGCGACGAAGAGGACGAAGACGAGAGCAACGAGUCGAUGGACACUAGUCACAAUACAACAGCGGGAUCAUCUGCUUCCAACGCACAGAUAGAGAGUGACGAGGCCAUGGCCCGAAGACUGAUGCAAGAAAUGGUCGAGGAAGAGAACGAGAGAGAUAGAAGCCCAAUUAUUCGCCAUAUACGGCCUCGGAGAACGGCUUCCGGCACAUCUGGACAGGGUCGUUCGCGGACUUUGUUCCGUUGGAACGCAGAUGAGCAUCGACGGAAUGCUUUUCCCAGCCCUCCUCGAAGACAUCCAGAUGAUUUGCCAGUGGCUGGAGAAGAGGAAGACACUGAGGAAGCGCUUUUCAACGAGUCCAACGACUACGAUAUUGAAGACUCUUUCAUCAACGAUGCUGAUGCCUCGAUGGUCGCAACGAACAAUCGAGUUCGGCAAGCUCCUUCCUACUCUGGAGCGAAUAAUGCAGGACCAUCUUCUUCGGUAUCAAACCCAUUCCGUCCUCCUGCUUUCACGCGACAAACUUUAACUAGAGGAACUGGCGGCUCCAGUGGCGGGUCAAACUUGCUGUUCUCCAUGAGCACUUCAAGUGGCGGUGACCGGUCUGCAACUUCUUCAAUGUCUAUCGUCCGAGGAGGUCCUGGCAGUGGAUUUCCCUUGCAAGGAUCUUCAUAUGAGCGCCUCCUGAAUCUUCAAGAUCACAAGGUCGGACUUCGUCAAGACCAGAUCAAUCGCCUCCCCUCCCAGUCGCUGGACGAGACACUCGCAGGCGACACCUGUCCAGUUUGCAUGGACGAAAUGGCGACCAACAACGAGGUUCGACGUCUUCCAUGUCUCCACGUGCUACACAAAGGCUGCAUCGACCCAUGGCUGAAGAAUAGCAAAGAAUGUCCGAUCUGCAAGUUCGACAUUUCCUCCGCCAUGUAA